CCAAUGGGAUUCCCACAUGAUAACCCACCCCCAAUUACUCUGUUUCCCUCUGGAUUCCUGUGUACGGUGCGUGAUAUAAUUUAUAAACAGUGUUUUUCCGCCCAUUUGAAAAAUGAGCUUAAAAGAAAGAAAGCAGAUAUUCAGACAGAGCAUCCAAGAUUUUUCUGCUGUCUCUCACUCCCUCACCCGCAUUUCUCGUGAAUUUCAUUCCCUUUCUAUUGAAACCACCCCCACAAAAAUUAAAUAAUUAAAAUUAACAAUAUACAAUCUUCAAACCCUAACUUCCAUCAACCCCAAUUGUCUCCUCCUUUCAGCUUCUUCUUUGGAGUUCAUGUUCAGGCAAUCAUGGCCGGCUUUGGAUGCUGCAUUUUGGACCAAGUAAAGGAAUAGUGUUGGGGCACUUCAGUCUGCAAAAAAUCAGUAUGGCUCUAGCAAACUUCAGGGGAUAUGUAGCUCUAUUUCCUUUUUCUGUGGCUCGGUAUCUUAACAAUGCUUCGUCAGAAGUGGGUUAGUAUGAAUUCGCAAGGAUAUUACAUCAUCUGCUGUAUUUCAUUUGGUUCAUGAAAAAUGAGUACAUUGCGCUCGACGUGUGAAAUUGUUGAAUCAAGAGAAGAGGUCCAUUCAGAGUCCAAAAUGGAUGAGGAAGGUGGAAAACACUGUAUGCUGAAAUCAGAAAACAAAUAUUCCAUCGAGGAUGAUAUUAAUCAGCUUUUUCAGGCAAUUGGUGGUAGAAAGUCAGCUAGGAUAUCAGGUAUGUCGCAUGAGGCUAGUAAAGAAGCUUUGAGGAAGAGUGCUAUGAAAAGGCCAAUGAGAGUUAGUUCAUCAAAUGCAUCAGGUAUCGGAAUUUCAGAGCCUGUGAGUUUGAAACAAGCACUAAGAGGAUUGUGCAUCACUCAGGCAUCAGAGUUGGCUGCCAUGAAGCGGUUUUCGAGGCCAGGUCGUUCGUCAGGGGUCUCAGAAUCAGGAACUAUCAAAAGGUUGUACGGCACAGUGGUAGCCGAGGCCAACGGGACUGGCCUGCCUAUGACUGAAGGUAAAGGUAAUUAUGUAGAGGUGUCACUUGUGCCUGAAGCAUCCAAAAAUUCUGAAAACAAUCCUGGGUCCAUGCAAUCAGAGACACAGGUUGAUACGGCCACAACUUUGGGAGCUGCACUGAUGCCAGAUGCUAGUAAGAUCAGAUUAGCACCACAUGAUCAAAUUGCUCCUUCAACAUCAAUGAAAAGUGAGAUAUCAAAGGGAGAAGAUAGAGAACUGGAAUCAGCAGAAUCUUCAUCUUGCUUUCAUGAUAGCAAGAAAAUCAUGCAGAGGGGUGCAGUUGCUUCUAUCUCAACCGAAGUUCCAAUUAAUACUUCAAAUUCAAACAAGGGGCUGCACUCUGCUUCUUCUCCAUCUGGCUCUAGCACUGGUAGUAAGGUAAGCAAAUCCUCUGGCAGUAGUUCACAUUUAACCAAGCCGGUACCAAGGAGCAAAAAUAUUGUUAAGAAAAAAGUGCACGAUUCAAGUUCUGGCUCUAGUAGUUCGAAAUCAGAUAACCGACAGGUUGAUAAUGAUGCAUGCUCUAGUACUAGUAAGUUAAAGGACCAGACACUCAACUGUAUUCCGAAGCAUGAAGGGAAAGGAAAUGAGAAAGAGUCUCUAGCAUCAAGCACUACGAGUCUUAGCAAAGAAAUGAAUUCAGGUACAAGCAAACCAGAUUUCUCCUCAAAUAGCAGCAGUAGGAUUAACUUUGUAGUGACAAAAGUUGAUGAGAGGUCAAGAUCAAGGGAAAACGGGGAUUUUUCACAAAGCUCAAAAAGUAGCAUUGGUGACUAUAGCAGCACUACAUGCACUAGUGAGGAAAGCAGUCUAAGUGGUUCUGGUCGUAGCGGCAAGAGGCCUCACAUGUCAAGAGACUUGAGAUGGGAAGCCAUCCAUCAUGUACAGAAGCAGCAUGGAAGCUUAGGUUUGAAGCACUUUAAGUUGCUUAGAAGGAUUGGUUCCGGGGACAUUGGGACUGUUUAUCUUGCUGAGCUAACUGGAACAAAUUGCAUAUUUGCUUUGAAAGUGAUGGACAACGAGUUUUUGGCUACCAGGAAGAAAAUGAUCAGGGCCCAAACAGAAAGAGAGAUACUAGAAAUACUGGAUCAUCCGUUUCUUCCUACACUAUAUUCCCAUUGUGUGUCAGAUAAGCUCUCAUGUUUGGUUAUGGAGUACUGUCCGGGUGGGGAUCUGCAUGUGCUGCGGCAAAAGCAACCUGGCAGGAGUUUCUGUGAACAAGCAGCCAGAUUUUAUGUUGCUGAAGUCCUCCUUGCCCUGGAGUAUUUACACAUGCUAGGAGUUGUGUAUCGAGACUUGAAACCAGAAAAUAUUUUGGUCCGAGAAGAUGGCCACAUCAUGCUCACAGAUUUUGAUUUGUCACUUAGAUGUGCUGUCAAUCCAACGCUGCUUAAAUCAUCCUCUCCUGUUUUGGAGAGCACAAGAAAAAUGUCAAGCCCAUGCAUAGAAUCUAGCUGCAUUGAUCCAUUUUGCCUUCAACCAUCCUGGCAAGUUCCAUGCUUCACUCCCAGACUUCUAUCUGCCACUGCAAAAUCUCGAAAAAUGAAAUCUGAGCUUGCUGCCCAGGUCACCCCACUGCCACAGCUUGUAGUGGAGCCAACUAGUGCCCGGUCCAACUCAUUUGUUGGAACCCAUGAAUACCUUGCCCCAGAGAUCAUUAAAGGAGAAGGCCAUGGGAGUGCUGUUGAUUGGUGGACAUACGGAAUCUUUUUGUUUGAGCUGUUAUAUGGUAAGACACCCUUCAAGGGGUCAGGAAACGAGGAUACAUUAUCCAAUGUUGUGUCGAAAAGUCUCAAGUUCCCAAGUACCCCUAUAGUGAGUUUUUAUGCAAGAGAUCUGAUCAGAGGCCUCUUAAUAAAGGACCCUGAAAAUCGUCUAGGAUCAGUGAAAGGGGCUGCAGAGAUCAAGCAGCAUCCUUUCUUUGAAGGCCUAAAUUGGGCAUUGAUUCGGUGUGCAGUACCGCCAGAGCUUCCCAAGUGGGGUGAUGUUGGAAUUUGUACACCGUCUGCUUCGCAGAAACAGGAGAGCUCAGGUUGCAAGGAGCUGGAGGGUAUAGGAGAGCAUAUAGACUUUGAGCUGUUUUAAAUCUUUUACAUUGGGAAGAAAGGUGAUGUUUCUUUUUCCGAAAUGUCUUUUCGGUUUCAACUGAUGAUAUAGCUUAUAGUGUAAAUUAAAUGUAACUCGAAAUACUGGUGGAUAGUUGUAGAGCAUGGAUACUGAUACAGUAGCUGAGAGAUGGAAAUCGGAUUAGCAUUUUUCGUGUU